AUGGCUAACUUAGCUUUGUCGUCGGCUGGUGUAUCCGUCAUUCUAGCCACUUCCAGUGAUGAUGGCUUUCCUCCUGAAAAUAUGAUAGAUGGCGAUCCGCAAACCUUUUGGGUUACCACUGGCUUAUAUCCGCAAGAAUUUAUCGUUAGCUUCCCUGCGAAAGUCAAUGCCGAUACUGUUAGCAUUCAAGGAGUCAAUAUUAAGACUUUGGAGAUCUACAAGGGUAUAAAUUCCAAGCCUACUGACUUUGAGCAAAUCUGUUCUAAAGAAAUAGAGAGAAAGGAGAACGAAAAUGUUACCGAAAAUAUACAGGUGAAUAGUCCAAUAACCCAUCUAAAGAUUAUUAUUACUAAUGGAUAUGAUCAUUUUGUGGCUAUAAGCUCCGUUGCUGUUACGGGAUCAGCAAUAAAUUAA